AGAGACAUUUCCGACUGUCACCGUUUGACCUGACUAGCCGCACGCCGCCCGUUGCUCUCGUGAUGGCUCCCAUCAGUACACGCCUGUUUCCACCGCUCCAUCGAUAGUCGCCCGCCCGCGCCCGCAUCCCAGCCCACCCCACUCCAUCUACACCUGCGCCGCCGCGUCCUGCAAGAGGCCUCCCACACCAUGUACCAGCACCCGCGCCCCUCGCCGAGAACCGCCUCUGCGGCCAACAACCUCCAGACCAACCCGACCCGAACAAACAACCAGCGGGAUCCCAAUUCCGAACGAUCUUCCCCAUACUCAGACAUAGCGCCCUACAGCGAUCAGGGAGGCGACGACGGCGACGGCGAGAUGGUGGGCCGCGCCGAGCAGAUGUCCGAGGAGGCUCAGAGGCACUACCAGAAGGUGAACCAGGUCAUCCAGAACUUCUUUACCAAAGCAGCACUUACCAUCAUCUCAUCCAGAGUAAUUCUAUCCCAGAGCUUCAAUAAGAACGGCGAUCUCAGGCAGAACAAAUGGUUUAAUGUUGUGCUCGAUGAUACCGAUGUUCUGCAACAUGAUCUCAUGGAAUGGAAGACGAUGGACGCCAUGGCCGGGCAGCACCCGUCGCUCUGCAUCGAAGUAUACCUAGACAUCAAGGGCUUGGACCACAAGCAGUCGCUGGUCAUCCACGAUGAGCAGGGCAAGAGAUGGGACGUUGGCGAAGCUCUGAAUGUGCCUGUUGAAUCAACCUCGCGACCGCCGAGUCGCAUGGGCAGAUCCACACAGCUUGUACUCGAGCGAUGGAAGAUCCAUGUAGGAGACAAGCACUCGGUGCACCCGUCCGAGCUGAGUGACCCGCUGCCCAAUGUGUACAAGAAAGCUGUCGUCCUGUUUCGCUCCCUCUACGCCUAUCUCCGAUUCAUCCCGGCCUACAAGUACUACAAGAACAUUGCGAAACAGCCUGCAAAUCAUCCUUCCUUGAAACUCAAUUAUCGGAUAUCAAAUGGCGACUUUAAGAGCCCCCGACCCGACACGCUACGCAUUCCUCUAUACCCAUCGAGCGAAAGCGUCACCGAGACGCAAAGCUUUACGCCCUCCAACUCGCCCGUCGGGCCAUUGUGCAUCUCGCUCGAAUACCGUACCAAUUGCGAGUUUAGCGUUGAUGACUCGGAAUCGUUGCUCAGCUCCCAUUUUAUGGGUCUAGACAACCCUUAUCUGGAACAGUCCAGUCGUGAAGCGGGCCAAGUGCCAGGUUCGCUACCCGUCAACAAGCUGCAUGCACAAGACACACCAGACCUUGGCCAGGCCUAUGGAAGUAUGUCGACUUUCCAUCAGGUUGGUCCACCAACCGGGACUAGUCCGAUGUCAGCGCUACGGGCUGCCCGAGACAUGCCUUCGUCGUCACCAACUGAAAUUCCACCACAGAAGCUUCCUCCGAAUCAUCGCACUGCUCAGGGCUCGAAAUCUUCACUGCGUUCUGCUGAGGCACCGCCAUACCAGAGGCGUACGUCUGUCUCCUUUCAACCAUUCAAGGCCGGCUCUCUGUCUUCAUCACCUGCUCCCGGCCCGGGAAUCCCUUCGUCUCCGGGAAGCUCUGUUGGUCGGCCUGGUAGUUCUUUAGGGCGUACUGCUGUGCCAAAUCCUCUAACCCAACCCCGCAAUCGGACAUCGUUGACCGCGCUUCCCCAAGCCGCACUCAGGGCACCUUCACUACCCAAUGAGACUGCUAUCACUUCAUCUGCUUCCAGCUCGCCGAAGCCAGCGCCCAUCCGCUACAGUAGCAGCUUCGGUCACAGGAGGAGCAGAUUCUCUUCUGGAGGCGGCAGCAAGACUGAAGACGAGAACCUCAGCAGCGGGAAGGGAAGUGUGGCAUCAUCCCAGCAGCGUGGUUCUGAUCUUCUAAACGAGGGAGAAGGCGCCAGUUCAGGCUCUAUUAAGACGGACGAUGAGAACAUCUCGGACUUCCUAAAACUGCUCGAGCAGAAGAAGGAGCUCAAGAGUUUCAAUCGGAGCGAUAAUGCUUCUCGAGAUGCCACGAUGCGCAAAACCACGGCUCAACUUUCUAAGUACCAGCGUAUGCGAGAUUCUCACACAGCACUGUCGGAUUCGUUGUCUUCGUCAAUGAUGCUUCAUCGAUCAUCAUCAUCCUCGAGCCGUCAGCUAUCUAACGUGCCUCAAAUGGUUGCUGGAACUUCAAUAUCGACCGCGUCAUCUCCUGGAAAGCCCAUCUCACCUCACACUCCUCAUACACCCGCCAUUCCAUCGCGACUGAGUGCAAACAGUAUCAUCGAGUACGAACCUCGCCGCAGCCGCAGUCGACCUGGUCAGUCGUCACGUGCCCAAGAAGCCGUUGAUGUGCAAGAACGAAGCGAGAGCGAAGAUCAAGCCACCAAUGCCAUCGAUAUUCCGAACUCACCACGACCCUGGAACUAUGCGCGACGAUCUAGCUCCGUGGCGCAGCAGCAUCGCGCCAUGGAAGAUGAGCCAGAUUUCUUCGGCCUACGCUCGGCGAGCCUACCGACCGAGGAGGUUGACCGGGAACGAGAUCUGCAUCGAAUUACGGCCCCCGAACUUACAUCCAGUGGGUUGUUUGCUCAAACAGAGCUUCUCACAAGCGCUAGCCGUGAAGCUCGGGCUACAGAGACACUCAGCCCGCCGGGUUCUCGGGACGAAAUCCCCCGUCCGCUAUCCACCUCCGACCUUCCUGCCAAGCGCGGCAUGUAUCCAGGAAGCAGUCGAGGCCGUGGUGGGUUCUCUUCCCACGGAUCCUCGACCAGUCUCACCACCGGCGCGACCAGCUCGACCGAGCGCCAGAGCCGAUACAACUUUGCCAGCCGCCACGUGCCCGCCGACGACGACGAGCCCCUGCUAUUCCAAAUGAGCGAGAUCGGUGCUGGUGGCUCAAGGCGCAGCCUCGAAGAAGGCAGAGGCGGUUCAAGCACCGGCAGCGGAGGCAGGCGAGGCUCUCCAUGGCUGCGAUAACCCAACAUCCUUACCCAAAAGCGCCGCCACCUUGAAUUUCUAUCCUUGUUUUCUUCCUUUGCAACUUGGCGUUCAUUUUGCGGCGGGGCAUCUGUGCUAUUUUUCCUCGGAGUAUUGCUCCGUCCCAUUUAGGGACUUUGUG